GUUCUAAUUUAUUCAUGUUGAAGUAUGACUUCAAAUGUCUUUCCCUAAUGAAAAUUGCGGUGCGAAUAAUGAGUUGUGUAUGUUGUUGGCCAAGCAGACAGGAGUUUUUCUAUGAAAGCUUUCGUAGUUUUCUGGUGGAAAAAUAAUUUUAAAAGUGGCCAAGUUGUGCAUCGAAUAAUUACGUUUCAGUAAAUUUAAAGAAGAAGAAGCAGUUGCCACCAUGGGGGAAGAAGGUGCAUCAGGAAGUGAGCAUCACCGUCUCCUGUCAGAAAUGAGAGCCCAAAAUCUUGACAUGAUAAGGUUUGCUUCCUAUCGCACUGCUUGCAAAUUGCGAUUUGUUCAGAAGAAGGCAAAUUUACAUCAGGUAGACAUUUGGAAUGUGAUUGAAGCUUUCAGGGAGAAUGGUCUCAAUACCCUAGAACCACAAAUGGAGGUGAAUGUUUCUCGUUUGGAAACUCUCAUCUCAAGUUUGUAUCAUAAUCUGAACAAAAGGCUUCCCCCUGCCCAGCAAGUGCAUGCUGAGAGUAGUUCAGGACUUCUUCUCAAUUGGUUAUUGUCAGCAUACUCUGCAGAAAAUACUGGAAAAAUUCGUGUUUUUUCAAUCAAAGUUGCUCUUGCAACAAUGUGUGCAGGCAAACUUAUGGAUAAAUUACGCUAUAUUUUUUCCCAAAUAUCUGAUGGAAAUGGGCAGCUGGUUAUUUGGCGUUUUGAAGAUUACCUUCGUGAAGUCUUAGCACUUCCUGCAGCUGUUUUUGAAUCUCCUUCAUUUCACUACUCUUCUGAUUUAUCAGCUAAAAUUUUCGUUGGGAGUCAGAAAGUGACAGUAAAUGAUUUUAUGGACACCAUGAUGUCUGAUCCAGGUCCAGCUUGCUUGGUGUGGUUACCCUUAUUACACAGACUGGCUGGUGUUGAAAGUGUGGUUCAUCCCAUCACAUGUGAUGCUUGCCAUAGAGAGAACUUUUCUGGCUUCCGCUAUCGUUGUCAAAAGUGCCAUAAUUUUCAAAUGUGUCAAGAUUGCUUUUGGCGUGGUCGUAUAUUUGGCUCACACACCAAUGAACAUGAAGUGAAAGAAUACACUUCAUAUAAGUCGCCAAGCAAACAAAUUGGUCACACUUUGAGAAAGUCCUUCCGGUGUGUGCCAGAAAAAGGCCGCCCAAAUAUUCCACGAUUUCCAGAAGAACCUGAGAAAACUCUCAACCUCUCCCACAUUGUUCCUCCUUCACCUUUACCCUCUCACAAUGGAUUCCCUGAAAGCUCCUUCAUGAGUACUCAGUUUGAUGUUGGCUCUAUGGAUAGCCGCUCUACAACAAGAAGCCCGGGGAAAUACUCUUCUAGUCUUGAUUCCUCCCGCUAUGAUGAUGAGCAUCGUCUAAUUGCACGUUAUGCUGCCAGACUUGCAGCAGAAGCUCGCACUGUGCCAAGGCACUCAUCAAGGUCUUCAAUGCACAUCCCUGACCUUGGGGGGAGAGCUCCAUCAGAAGGAAGCCUAAGCCUUGACUCUUCUCGGGUUCAGAGAGAACUUAUUGCUCAGUUGGAAGCCAAAAAUAAAGAAAUAGUGCGUGAAAUCAAGAGACUAAAGAUCCAACAAGAUUUGGAAAAUGCUGCCCUGGGCUCUGAAGGAUCUUCGGCAGAUAACCCUGCCUUAAUGUCUGAACUUCGCGCAUUGCGCCAAAGGAAAGAUGAACUUGAAGGACAUUUGUCAUCUCUACAAGACUCAAGGAGGCAGCUUAUGGUUCAGCUAGAAGGCCUCAUGAAGUUACUUAAGGCUUCAUCUGUCAGCCCUCCUCCAGAAAGACACUGACGGUCGAGAUCGGGCCUCAGGGAUAUGGACAACUUCCAUCAAGGCACAUUAUAGGAAGGAAGACCAACAAUCAGUCCAUGUAGGCCUACAGCCAGUCCCUGUUGCUCGAUCUGAUUUUAUUUGUAGUCCUUUUACUCCGCAACAUCCAUUAAAGAAAUGUUUUGUUUUGUAAUAGGUAAUGUAAUUAGCAACAGCUUUACUAUUACUUUGCUUAGAAGCAGAGAAGAAUAUGAAAGGUUCAAUAAUGUACUCACUUAUGCCCCUCUUUAUGGAUGAAAUUGAUGUAGGAGGUGGUGAGAGCUUAUGCUAUAAAAUGUUAUCAGGUACUAGCUAGAAUGUCUUUCUAUGACGUAAUUAAUCCUCUUAAUUUUUGCCCAGUCCAGUACUACUUACUAGAGGAUGAAACAUUGAUUUUUAUUGAUCUGUCCCAUUGCAAUGUUCUGUAAUUCAAUUAAUUGUCUGAUGAACAGCGGUACUUCUUAGAUUAUCUACAAUCAUGUUCAGUUUCUUUGGUUUUACUUCCAAAAUGAUAAAAAGUAAGGUAACAUGCAGAAAGGAAAAUUAGAGUGGACAAAGGACAAAGCCUUUUUGCAUGGCUUGAAGCAAAAAAAAAAGAAAAGAAAAAUAAUCCCAUAUUAAGUUUGACUAUAUGUAUUUUUCUUCUAUAAACAUUAUUUUUCAUGAGACAUUACAUGAGGAAAUGUAAAGCAUUAGUUGUCAAUAAGCUAGAGCCUUUGUUAACCUCAUAUUGUAAUAAAAUGUAUUAGGUGUAGUGUUUGAUUGCUAGUGAGCCACAAAUUUAUUACCUAAUAUCCAUCUCUUCAUGGAUUGCAUAUUGGGUGUUGUUCUACUUCUAUCUUCUUGACAAUACUAGGCAUUUUGCCUUAUUUCUCUAUAAGAUAUUAUUGAUAAAAUAUUCUUGGUUUGCUUGUAGAGUCUUGACAUUCCUUACUGGACAUUUAUCUCCUUCCUGCAUCUAGCAAUACAGACUAGGAGCUUGGAAAUUAAUACGUAAGAGCAGUCCAGAACUAACUUUUUAAGUGCAGGCAGAUUUGCGUCAUACUUAAUUUUACGUAUUGGUUAUUACUAUGCAAAUCAUUGUUUUUUGUUGAGGGGUAAUUGAGUACCUUAAUGUAUUUGAAUUCUGCUAGGUAUUAAGAUUUUCUUGUUGGGUGGGGUCUCAAUGUUAUUUUUAUUCUGUUGCAUUUGCUAACUUUGUUUUAAAGGUGUAAAUGCAAGAUUAGUUGAGGGUGGUUAAGAGUUACCUAAAUGAUUAAGAAUGCAGUAUUUUCAGCCCAUAUCUCAUGUGUGCAAAACAAGUGGUAUUUUUUUAUCUCUUCCUUUGAUUGUUUUAAAAUAAAUCAUUGCAUCUUCCUGUCUCCUUGGAUCAUCAAGAGCAAGAGUGGGAAGUGAUUACCAAUCCACCAGUAUUGAUGCAGGGCUAAAAGAAACUACAGUUUUUGUUAUGACAUGGGUAUCCAGUCUAGAUGUCAUACUGAGGUCAUGGCAUGGCAAGAAGGGUAGUCUUACACAGCUACAUUACCUUAACAAUGUUCUCACCAUUCCAAUGUUACUCUGUUUUCUCCAAAUUUAAAUUAUGGCAUGAAAGCAGUACAAUAGUCUCCUUAUAUUUUUGUUAUUAUAAACAUUACAAUUUCUUUACCUUUAUGAGGCUUUUAUGCAAAUUGUUAAAGGUCCUUUAAUGGACACUCUUUGAUAUUUAUUCUUUGUUUGCUCAAUGAUGGCUUAUUAAAGUUUGUUUUUAUUGUUCAAUUGUAUACUUUUUUUCAUUUUGUAAUAUGUAUUCUCAAACUAGCAUGAAAGACUGAACAAAUGUCUGUUAAGGAUAGUUGAAAGAGGAUAAUUGUGAUAUUUAUGUUGCAAGUACCAAACUUCCUAUAGGUUGCUCUUUUUAUCUAUCUACCAGUCCACCUGUUGCAAUUUUGCCCCAUGGUAAAACUGUUUGUUGAAAUAAACAUAAUAAUAGCUAUGGUCA